AUGACGUGUGUGGAGCAAGACUGGUCAGACAAACUAGCUAUUAUUCGAAAGUCUCUACUGUUAUUAUUGUCAACAAAUAGCUAUUGUUUUUCAUCUCUUUGUGUUCAUUUUACACAAUCCCAACGUUGGCGAAGGAUAUUCACGGUAGUCAACUUGUUUUGGGAAAAGUUAAACGAGUUUGUUGUGUUGUUUAGGUAAAAGUCGCACGGAACUGGCUGCCAGUCGGUUUCUAUGCGAUAAGGGACAUGAUGUUAUCCAUUGUUUUGGACUUGUAGCGUUAGUUGUCUUCGUUCCCACACUAGAAUAGUGUCUCUCUCCCUCUGCGAUGGCUGAGGCGAGGAGAGCGGAGGACGAACAGCAGGAGAGUUUGAGAGGGGAACCGAGGGAACCUGUCGUAAGAAGACAGCCUCCACGACCGACCAACUCAUCUGGAGAGCGCUCAGAGAGGCAGAAAGACCACAGACUCAGCCAAGGACCUCUCUCCUCUAUCAGGGCCGCCAUUAAGAGGACAACGACUAGAUCCACUUCCCUGAGCGAGAGUACUCCCAGAGACCGGAGGCGUCCAGAGAUCACCAUCCUUUCAGCAGAGCCACUGGUGUCUAAUACCUGGUUCCCCGGGGCUUCUGGGGGAUUCCCUCCUCCUCCUCCUCCCGCCGCUCAGAUCUGGGGCAGUAGUAUACCUCCUACUAUACAGCCUCCCCCCUCCUACGAUGAGGUGAUUAGAGAGAAGAGCCAGGAACAGGAUCAAGUGUUGCCUCUCUCCUCGUCUUCCGUCUCCACGACUACCAUCGCCACGCAGACGGACACCGGACCAGAAUCCUCAGUUCCAACCCACAGUCACGCCCCAGUCCAGAGAGGCUCUGUGGCCACCAGAGCUCCAAAGCCUCCCAGACCUUCUUUUCCCUUUAUAUCCAAACCUGAUGACACGCCGUCGCACGUUGAUGACACGGCGGGAGCUGCUACUGCUACUGUCGACCCUCUCCUCUUCCUAGAAGACAGUCCGGCACUACACACACACACUCCGACCAGCAGACACACCGAGAACACCAGACCAGCAGCGUUUCAUAGUGAUCUCUUGACCUCUGAUUCUUUCUCACCUCUGACCUUUGCGUCUGGCAGCCAGACCGACCAAUGGGUGCAGUCCUCCUCGGUCCCACCCCCUCAUUCCACUGUUGCCUUGACAACUCCCUCCUCCCCUCCUCCGCUUCAUACCCGGCCCAGGCCACACCCUCGCACGAAGAAUAGCCUUCGACCAAUCAAGCGAGAGGUCAAGGUUCAGACCCUGGUGAGGCUGGGACAGACAGAAAGUGAGGUCACAGAGAACCAGGAAGUGAGUUAUCAGGAGGGGAAGUACCUUCAGGAGCUCCUGGACGCCUUCAGCUCUGACGAUUGGGGCUUCCCUGAUCACCAUAGCAACGACAACAGUGAGAGCGAAUCGGGAGAAGAAGAAGAAGAGGAGGAAGAUAUGAGUACUCUGAGAGCCAGGAUACAAGCCUUCGAGCAGCAGCAACAGGCAGAGGACCACGGUAGCCAUGGAGACAACGGCGCGUUGCUAGGGCGGGGGAGACCUGAACCCCGUCACCGAGUCCAGGCCCCGUCCAAACCGGCCCCUCCCAUCGCCCCUAAACCCUCCCUCGCCACCAAGACAUCCUGCAAAGGAGUCUGGCAAGGAGGAGGCUCGGUGGCGAUCGCCGUGAACUUGACUGUUGAUACAACCACCGCACAGCCCAAAUCCAGUGACCCCUCUCCCAAACCCAGUGACCCCUCUCCCAAACCCAGUGACCCCUCUCCCAAACCCAGUGACCCCUCUCCCAAACCCAGUGACCCAUCUCCCAAACCCAGUGACCCCUCUCCCAAACCCAGUGACCCCUCUCCCAAACCCAGUGACCCCUCUCCCAAUCCGAUUAAGACCACAUCAAGUACCCCUGUCCUUAACCCUAUUGUCCCAAUCCCUGCACCCCGACCCAUGCUCCCUAGAAAGCCCCCCUCUGAACCCCAAAGACCAGACCGCCAGGCGGGGCAGACAGAGGGGACCCCCCCGAUCCCCUGUCCUCCUCCCAGACCUCCGGUAGCACCCAGGACUAGACCCUCUGGAGACCUCCACAGCACCAACACUAGACCAAGUGUUGCUCAGAAGCCCACUGCCAUGACGUCAUCCGGUCGAGCGAGCGCCCUACCAGAGAACAGGAGACCUUCUCUGGCAUCCAAACCCUCCAUCCAGACCUUAACUCCAGCUCCAGUCCAGGCUACUCCCCCAACCUUAGCCCCAUCUCCACUGGGGUCUACUCCCCCAGUCUUAACACCAGCUCCAGUGGGGUCUACUCCCCCAGUCUUACCCCCAGCGUUACCCCCAGCCCCAGUAGGAUCUACUCCCCCAGUCUUAACACCAACUCCAGUGCGGUCUACUCCCCCAGUCUUAACCCCAGGCCCAGUAGGAUCUACUCCCCCAGUCUUAACACCAACUCCAGUGGGGUCUACUCCCCCAGUCUUAACCCCAGCCCCAGUAGGAUCUACUCCCCCAGCCUUACCCCCAGCCCCAGUACGGUCUACUCCCCCAGCGUUACCCCCAGCGUUACCCCCAGCCCCAGUCCAAAGGAAAACCCAACCGGUCUCCACAGAGUCUGAACCUCCUCUUCCUCCUCGACCCCAGGGAGGGGUUAAGAUGCUCCCUCUCCGCCCCCCUCCCAUAAAGACUGUUCCUGGUCGACCCCCACCUCCCCAGGCUAUCUCCGCCCCCUCUACUAUAUCAUCCAAUCAGCCAUCCCCUCCCCAGGAUGUCUCUGCCCCCUCUACCACAUCAGCCAAUCAACAGGCUGUCCCCGCCCCCUCCAAUCAGCCGCAUGGUCAGAGUGCACCAAAGAGAGGCCCCCCUCUACCCCCCCGACCCAAGCCUGGACAUCCCCUGUACAAGAACUACAUGAUGGGAAUGGCACUUGAACUAGCAGAGCAGGGCUCCAACGGCAGGAAGUUUGGAGAAGUCUCUUGCCAGAAACAGGACGUCCUGGUUCUGUUGGAGAAGGCAGACUCCACCCACGAUGACUGUCUCCUGGGGGAGGAGUCAGGUCGGGUUCAAGGGUCACACAUGACGGUCAUCAACCCUCUGUCUGACCAAUCACAGUCUCCCAACGACCAACACAACCAAUCGGAUCCCGCCUCGGAUGACAAGAGCCAAUUGAAGCCUCCCUCUGAAUACAAGAGCAAAUCAGAACCUCCGUCCAUCCUCCCAUCUCAGACCAGAGAAGAGAAGACCCAGCCGGUUACAGCACCUGUCAGCGGUCCGAGGUGUGUGGCGCGGUUCGACUACGAGGGUGAGGAGGAAGACGAGCUGACCUUCUCCAUAGGUAAUGUCAUCGCUCUGACGGAGGUGAUUGAUCAGGAGUGGGGGCGGGGUCAGAUCCACGGGCGAAUAGGAAUCUUCCCCCUGGCCUUCACCGAGAUCCUGGAGGAACCACCUUCGCCGGCAGGGUUACAGCCCAUUGUCGAGACAACCAAGGAGACAACUGAAUCCGCAGACAUUCCAGACCAGUGGGUUGUGGCUCUUCACGACUUCCCAGGUCAGACUGCAGAGGAUCUGUGGUUCCAGCAGGGGGCGCUGAUCAGAGUAACACAGCGUGUCGACGCAGACUGGACCAGAGGAAAACUGGACGGACGGGAGGGACUGUUCCCCACUAACUUCACACACACCUGUAACACAGCUCAGCCAAUGACGAGCCAGCCUGUGGCCAGGGGCGUGGCCAAGGUCCUGUUUGAUUUCAGUGGAGAGAGCGAAGAUGAGCUCUCACUGAAGGCAGGGGAGGUAGUAACAGGGGUGGUGACAGUAGACGAGGAGUGGUAUCUGGGUGAUGCAGGAGGGAGGCGAGGCCUGGUCCCCAAAAACUAUCUGAAACUGCUUCCUGGCAGCUGCAAAUAGGACUAUGUACACUAUGUGAUAUAUAUAUAAACUACAUUGCCAUAAGUAUGUGGACAGCCCUUCAAAUUAGUGGAUUGGGUUAUUUCAGCCACACCAGUUGCUGACAGGUGUAUAAAAUCGAGCUCACAGCCAUGCAAUCUCCAUAGACAAACAUUGUCAGUAGAAUGACCUGGAUUAAGAGCUCAGUGACUUUUAACGUGGCACCGUCAUAGGAUGCCACCUGUCCGACAAGUCAGUUUGUCAAAUUUCUGCCCUGCUAGAGCUGCACCGGUCAACUGUAGGUGCUGAUAUUGUGAGGUGGUGUAAAGCUCACACCCAUUGGACUCUGAAGUAGAGUAAGCGGGUUCUCCGGAGUUUGGUGGAUGCCAGGAGAACGCUACCUGCCCCAAUGCAUAGUGCCAACUGUAAAGUUUGGUGGAGGAGGAAUAAUGAUCUGGGGCUGUUUUUCAUGGUUCGAGCCCCUUAGUUCCAGUGAAGGGAAAUCUUAGCGCCACAGCAUACAAUGACAUUCUAGACGAUUCUGUGCUUCCAACUUUGUGGCAACAGUUUGGGGAAGGCCCUUUCCUGUUUCGGCAUGACAAUGCCCCCGUGCACAAAGCGAGUUCCAUACAGAAAUGGUUUGUGGAAAUCGGUGUGGAAGAACUUGACUGGCCUGCACAGAGCCCUGACUUCAACCCAUCUAACACCUUUGGUAUGAAUUGUAAGUCCCUGCAGCAAUGUUCCAACAUCUAGUGGAAAGCCUUCCCAGAAGAGUGGAGGCUGUAUUAUAGCAGCUAAUUGGGGACCAACUCCAAAUGAAUUCCCAUGAUUUUUGAAUGAGAUGUUCGACGAGCAGGUGUCCACAUACUUUUGAUAUUGUAGUGUAUAUAUGAAUAUGUGCCUUCAGAAAGUAUUCAUACCCCUUGACUUAUACCAUAUUUUGUUUUACAGCCUGAAUUCAAAAUUGAUUAAAUCGUUUUUUCUCACCAAUCCACACACAAUACUGUAUAAUGACAUCACCAUACCCCAUAAUGACAUCACAAUAGCCCAUAAUGACAUCACAAUAGCCCAUAAUGACAUCACAAUAGCCCAUAAUGACAAAGUGACAACAUGUUCUUAGAAAUGUUUGCAAAUUUAUUGAAAAUAUCUCAUUUACGUAGGUAUUUACACCCCCGGGUCAAUACUUUGUAGAAGCACCAUUGACAGUUACACAAUCCACGUGUGGAAAGCUAACAUUUGCCCAUUUAUUAUUUUCAAAAUUCUUCAAGCUCUGUCAAAUUGCUUGUUGAUCAUUGCUAGACAACCAUUUUCUUGACAUAGAUUUAAGUCAAAACUGUAACUCGGCCACUCAGGAACAUUAAAGUCACCAUUGGCCUUUAUGGUGAAAUCCCUGAGCGGUUUCCUUCCUCUCCAGCAACUAAGUUAGGAAGGACGCCUGUAUCUUUAUAGUGACUGGGUGUAUUGACACACCAUCCAAAGUGUAAUUAAUAACUUCACCAUGCUCAAAGGGAUAUUCAAUGUCUGCUGUUUAUAUUUUGACCCAUCUACCAAUAGGAGCCCUUCUUUGUGAGGCAAUGGAAAAACUCCCUGGUCUUUGUGGUUGAAUCUGUGAAAUUCACUGCUCGACUGAGGGAACUUACAGAGAAUUGUAUGUGUGGGGUACAGAGAUGAGGUAUUCAUUCAAAAACCAUGUUAAACACUAUUAUUGCACACAGAGUGAGUCCAUGCAACUUAUUAUGUGACUCCUGAACUUAUUUAGGCUUGAUAUAACAAAGGAGUUGAAUACUUAUUGACUCAAGACAUUUCAGCUUUUUAUUUUUUUUAUUAAUUUGUAAACAUAAUUCCACUUUGACAUUAUGGGGUAUUGUGGGUAAGUCCAAUGAUACAAAAUCUCAAUUUGAAUCCAUUUUAAAUUUCCGGCUGUACCAGAACAACAUGUGGAAGAAGUCAAGGGACAUAUAUACUGAGUAUACAAAGCAUUGCUCUUUCCAUGACUGACCAGCUGAAUCCAGGUAAACGCUAUGAUGCUUUAUCGAUUUGAAUCCAGGUGAAAGCUAUGGUCCCUUAUUGAUGUGACCUGUUAAACCCACUUCAAUCAGUGUAGAUGAAGAGGAUGAGGCAGGUUGAAGAAGGAUGUUUAAGCCUUUGAGACAUGGAUUGUGUAUGUGUGAGCCAUUCAGAAGGUGAACGGGCAAGACAAAAAAUAUUGAAUUGCCUUUGAACAGGGUAUGGUAGUAGGUGCCAGGCACACCGGUUUGUGUCAAGAACUGCAACGCUGCUGGGGAUUUUCACGCUCAACCGUUUCCCGUGUGUAUUAAGAAUGGUCCACCACCCAAAGGAUGUCCAACCAACUUGACACAACUGUGGGAAGCAUUGGAGUCAGCAUGGCCCAGCAUCCCCUGUGGAACGCUUUUAACACUUUUUCGAGUCCAUGCCCCGAUGAAUUGAGGCUGUUCUGAGGGCAAGAGGGGGGUGCAAUUGAAUGUUAGGAAGGUGUUCCUAAUGUUUUGUCCACUGUGUAUAUAACAGGUCUAUGUGGGUGUGUGAGGUCCAGGGACAGAGAGAACGUGUUUGUUAAGCAAAUGAAUGAAUGAAUGAAUGAAUGAAUGAAUGAAUGAAUGAAUGAGUAUGUGGUGUUGUACUGAUGUGGUUGAUGAACAUUUUGUUUCUCAGUAUGAUAAGGAAUAGAUAGAUAACAGUUUGGCAAACUACCCUCCAUAUUGACACUAAACUGUCCUCCAUGUUGACACUAAACUAACCUCCAUAUUGACACCAAACUACCCUCCAUAUUGACACUAAACUACCCUCCAUAUUGACACCAAACUACCCUCCAUAUUGACACCAAACUACCCUCCAUAUUGACACCAAACUACCCUCCAUAUUGACACCAAACUACCCUCCAUAUUGACACUAAACUGUCCUCCAUGUUGACACUAAACUAACCUCCAUAUUGACACCAAACUACCCUCCAUAUUGACACCAAACUACCCUCCAUAUUGACACCAAACUACCCUCCAUAUUGACACUAAACUGUCCUCCAUGUUGACACUAAACUAACCUCCAUAUUGACACCAAACUACCCUCCAUAUUGACACUAAACUACCCUCCAUAUUGACACCAAACUACCCUCCAUAUUGACACUAAACUACCCUCCAUAUUGACACUAAACUACCCUCCAUAUUGACACUAAACUACCCUCCAUAUUGACACCAAACUACCCUCCAUAUUGACACCAAACUACCCUCCAUAUUGACACCAAACUACCCUCCAUAUUGACACUAAACUACCCUCCAUAUUGACACCAAACUACCCUCCAUAUUGACACUAAACUACCCUCCAUAUUGACACUAAACUACCCUCCAUAUUGACACUAAACUACCCUCCAUAUUGACACCAAACUACCCUCCACAUUGACACCACACUGUCCUCCAUAUUGACACUAAACUACCCUCCACAUUGACACCAAACUAUCCUCCAUAUUGACACUAAACUACCCUCCAUAUUGACACUAAACUACCCUCCUUAUUGACACUAAACUACCCUCCACAUUGACACCAAACUAUCCUCCAUAUUGACACUAAACUACCCUCCAUAUUGACACUAAACUACCCUCCACAUUGACACCACACUGUCCUCCAUAUUGACACCAAACUACCCUCCACAUUGACACUAAACUACCCUCCACAUUGACACCAAACUACCCUCCAUAUUGACACUAAACUACCCUCCACAUUGACACCAAACUACCCUCCAUAUUGACACCAAACUACCCUCCAUAUUGACACCAAACUACCCUCCAUAUUGACACCAAACUACCCUCCACAUUGACACUAAACUACCCUCCACAUUGACACCAAACUACCCUCCAUAUUGACACCAAACUACCCUCCAUAUUGACACCAAACUACCCUCCAUAUUGACACCAAACUACCCUCCAUAUUGACACCAAACUACCCUCCAUAUUGACACUAAACUACCCUCCAUGUUGACACUAAACUACCCUCCAUAUUGACACCAAACUACCCUCCACAUUGACACCAAACUACCCUCCACAUUGACACUAAACUACCCUCCAUAUUGACACUAAACUACCCUCCACAUUGACACCACACUGUCCUCCAUAUUGACACCAAACUACCCUCCAUAUUGACACCAAACUACCCUCCAUAUUGACACUAAACUACCCUCCACAUUGACACUAAACUACCCUCCAUAUUGACACCAAACUACCCUCCACAUUGACACUAAACUACCCUCCACAUUGACACUAAACUACCCUCCACAUUGACACUAAACUACCCUCCAUAUUGACACUAAACUACCCUCCAUAUUGACACCAAACUACCCUCCACAUUGACACCACACUGUCCUCCAUAUUGACACUAAACUACCCUCCACAUUGACACUAAACUACCCUCCACAUUGACACUAAACUACCCUCCACAUUGACACUAAACUACCCUCCACAUUGACACCACACUGUCCUCCAUAUUGACACCACACUGUCCUCCAUAUUGACACCAAACUACCCUCCAUAUUGACACCAAACUACCCUCCAUAUUGACACCACACUGUCCUCCAUAUUGACACUAAACUACCCUCCACAUUGACACUAAACUACCCUCCACAUUGACACUAAACUACCCUCCACAUUGACACUAAACUACCCUCCACAUUGACACUAAACUACCCUCCAUAUUGACACUAAACUACCCUCCACAUUGACACCACACUGUCCUCCAUAUUGACACUAAACUACCCUCCAUAUUGACACCACACUCCUCCAUAUUGACACUAAACUACCCUCCAUAUUGACACUAAACUACCCUCCAUAUUGACACCACACUGUCCUCCAUAUUGACACCAAACUACCCUCCACAUUGACACUAAACUACCCUCCAUAUUGACACUAAACUACCCUCCACAUUGACACUAAACUACCCUCCAUAUUGACACUAAACUACCCUCCAUAUUGACACCAAACUACCCUCCAUAUUGACACCAAACUACCCUCCAUAUUGACACCUAACUACCCUCCACAUUGACACCACACUGUCCUCCAUAUUGACACUAAACUACCCUCCAUAUUGACACCAAACUACCCUCCAUAUUGACACUAAACUACCCUCCACAUUGACACCAAACUACCCUCCACAUUGACACCACACUGUCCUCCAUAUUGACACCAGACUACCCUCCAUAUUGACACCAAACUACCCUCCACAUUGACACCAAACUGUCCUCCAUAUUGACACUAAACUACCCUCCAUAUUGACACCACACUGUCCUCCAUAUUGACACCAGACUACCCUCCAUAUUGACACCAAACUACCCUCCACAUUGACACCAAACUACCCUCCACAUUGACACUAAACUACCCUCCACAUUGACACCAAACUACCCUCCACAUUGACACCAAACUACCCUCCACAUUGACACCACACUGUCCUCCAUAUUGACACUAAACUACCCUCCAUAUUGACACCAAACUACCCUCCAUAUUGACACCAAACUACCCUCCACAUUGACACUAAACUACCCUCCAUAUUGACACCAAACUACCCUCCACAUUGACACUAAACUACCCUCCACAUUGACACUAAACUACCCUCCAUAUUGACACCAAACUACCCUCCACAUUGACACCACACUGUCCUCCAUAUUGACACUAAACUACCCUCCAUAUUGACACUAAACUACCCUCCACAUUGACACCACACUGUCCUCCAUAUUGACACUAAACUACCCUCCAUAUUGACACUAAACUACCCUCCAUAUUGACACUAAACUACCCUCCACAUUGACACUAAACUACCCUCCACAUUGACACCAAACUACCCUCCAUAUUGACACUAAACUACCCUCCAUAUUGACACUAAACUACCCUCCACAUUGACACUAAACUACCCUCCAUAUUGACACCAAACUGUCCUCCAUAUUGACACUAAACUACCCUCCACAUUGACACUAAACUACCCUCCAUAUUGACACUAAACUACCCUCCAUAUUGACACUAAACUACCCUCCAUAUUGACACUAAACUACCCUCCACAUUGACACUAAACUACCCUCCACAUUGACACUAAACUACCCUCCAUAUUGACACUAAACUACCCUCCAUAUUGACACCAAACUGUCCUCCAUAUUGACACUAAACUACCCUCCAUAUUGACACCAAACUACCCUCCACAUUGACACCACACUGUCCUCCAUAUUGACACCAGACUACCCUCCAUAUUGACACCAAACUACCCUCCACAUUGACACCAAACUACCCUCCACAUUGACACCAAACUGUCCUCCAUAUUGACACUAAACUACCCUCCAUAUUGACACCAAACUACCCUCCAUAUUGACACUAAACUACCCUCCAUAUUGACACCAAACUGUCCUCCAUAUUGACACCAAACUACCCUCCAUAUUGACACCAAACUACCCUCCAUAUUGACACCAAACUACCCUCCAUAUUGACACCAAACUACCCUCCACAUUGACACCACACUGUCCUCCAUAUUGACACUAAACUACCCUCCAUAUUGACACCAAACUACCCUCCAUAUUGACACCAAACUACCCUCCAUAUUGACACUAAACUACCCUCCACAUUGACACCAAACUACCCUCCACAUUGACACCACACUGUCCUCCAUAUUGACACCAGACUACCCUCCACAUUGACACCAAACUACCCUCCACAUUGACACCAAACUGUCCUCCAUAUUGACACUAAACUACCCUCCAUAUUGACACCACACUGUCCUCCAUAUUGACACCAGACUACCCUCCAUAUUGACACCAAACUACCCUCCACAUUGACACCAAACUACCCUCCAUAUUGACACUAAACUACCCUCCAUAUUGACACCACACUGUCCUCCAUAUUGACACCAAACUACCCUCCACAUUGACACUAAACUACCCUCCACAUUGACACUAAACUACCCUCCACAUUGACACUAAACUACCCUCCAUAUUGACACCACACUGUCCUCCAUAUUGACACUAAACUACCCUCCAUAUUGACACUAAACUACCCUCCAUAUUGACACUAAACUACCCUCCAUAUUGACACCAAACUACCCUCCAUAUUGACACCAAACUACCCUCCAUAUUGACACCAAACUACCCUCCACAUUGACACCACACUGUCCUCCAUAUUGACACUAAACUACCCUCCAUAUUGACACCAAACUACCCUCCAUAUUGACACCAAACUACCCUCCAUAUUGACACCAAACUACCCUCCACAUUGACACCACACUGUCCUCCAUAUUGACACUAAACUACCCUCCAUAUUGACACCACACUGUCCUCCAUAUUGACACUAAACUACCCUCCAUAUUGACACUAAACUACCCUCCAUAUUGACACUAAACUACCCUCCAUAUUGACACCACACUGUCCUCCAUAUUGACACUAAACUACCCUCCAUAUUGACACUAAACUACCCUCCAUAUUGACACUAAACUACCCUCCAUAUUGACACCACACUGUCCUCCAUAUUGACACUAAACUACCCUCCAUAUUGACACUAAACUACCCUCCAUAUUGACACCAAACUACCCUCCAUAUUGACACCAAACUACCCUUCAUAUUGACACCAAACUACCCUCCACAUUGACACCACACUGUCCUCCAUAUUGACACUAAACUACCCUCCAUAUUGACACCACACUGUCCUCCAUAUUGACACUAAACUACCCUCCAUAUUGACACCACACUGUCCUCCAUAUUGACACUAAACUACCCUCCAUAUUGACACUAAACUACCCUCCACAUUGACACUAAACUACCCUCCAUAUUGACACUAAACUACCCUCCAUAUUGACACCAAACUACCCUCCAUAUUGACACCAAACUACCCUCCAUAUUGACACCAAACUACCCUCCAUAUUGACACUAAACUACCCUCCAUAUUGACACUAAACUACCCUCCAUAUUGACACCAAACUGUCCUCCAUAUUGACACCAAACUACCCUCCAUAUUGACACCAAACUACCCUCCAUAUUGACACCAAACUACCCUCCAUAUUGACACCAAACUACCCUCCACAUUGACACCACACUGUCCUCCAUAUUGACACUAAACUACCCUCCAUAUUGACACCAAACUACCCUCCAUAUUGACACCAAACUACCCUCCAUAUUGACACUAAACUACCCUCCACAUUGACACCAAACUACCCUCCACAUUGACACCACACUGUCCUCCAUAUUGACACCAGACUACCCUCCACAUUGACACCAAACUACCCUCCACAUUGACACCAAACUGUCCUCCAUAUUGACACUAAACUACCCUCCAUAUUGACACCACACUGUCCUCCAUAUUGACACCAGACUACCCUCCAUAUUGACACCAAACUACCCUCCACAUUGACACCAAACUACCCUCCAUAUUGACACUAAACUACCCUCCAUAUUGACACCACACUGUCCUCCAUAUUGACACCAAACUACCCUCCACAUUGACACUAAACUACCCUCCACAUUGACACUAAACUACCCUCCACAUUGACACUAAACUACCCUCCAUAUUGACACCACACUGUCCUCCAUAUUGACACUAAACUACCCUCCAUAUUGACACUAAACUACCCUCCGUAUUGACACUAAACUACCCUCCAUAUUGACACCAAACUACCCUCCAUAUUGACACCAAACUACCCUCCAUAUUGACACCAAACUACCCUCCACAUUGACACCACACUGUCCUCCAUAUUGACACUAAACUACCCUCCAUAUUGACACCAAACUACCCUCCAUAUUGACACCAAACUACCCUCCAUAUUGACACCAAACUACCCUCCACAUUGACACCACACUGUCCUCCAUAUUGACACUAAACUACCCUCCAUAUUGACACCACACUGUCCUCCAUAUUGACACUAAACUACCCUCCAUAUUGACACUAAACUACCCUCCAUAUUGACACCACACUGUCCUCCAUAUUGACACUAAACUACCCUCCAUAUUGACACUAAACUACCCUCCAUAUUGACACUAAACUACCCUCCAUAUUGACACCACACUGUCCUCCAUAUUGACACUAAACUACCCUCCAUAUUGACACUAAACUACCCUCCAUAUUGACACCAAACUACCCUCCAUAUUGACACCAAACUACCCUUCAUAUUGACACCAAACUACCCUCCACAUUGACACCACACUGUCCUCCAUAUUGACACUAAACUACCCUCCAUAUUGACACCACACUGUCCUCCAUAUUGACACUAAACUACCCUCCAUAUUGACACCACACUGUCCUCCAUAUUGACACUAAACUACCCUCCAUAUUGACACUAAACUACCCUCCACAUUGACACUAAACUACCCUCCACAUUGACACUAAACUACCCUCCAUAUUGACACUAAACUACCCUCCAUAUUGACACCAAACUACCCUCCAUAUUGACACCAAACUACCCUCCAUAUUGACACCAAACUACCCUCCAUAUUGACACUAAACUACCCUCCAUAUUGACACUAAACUACCCUCCAUAUUGACACUAAACUACCCUCCAUAUUGACACCAAACUACCCUGCACAUUGACACUAAACUACACUCCAUAUUGACACCAAACUACCCUCCAUAUUGACACCACACUGUCCUCCAUAUUGACACCAAACUACCCUCCAUAUUGACACCACACUCCUCCAUAUUGACACCAAACUACCCUCCAUAUUGACACUAAACUACCCUCCACAUUGACACCAAACUACCCUCCAUAUUGACACCAAACUACCCUCCAUAUUGACACCAAACUACCCUCCAUAUUGACACCAAACUACCCUCCACAUUGACACUAAACUACCCUCCACAUUGACACCAAACUACCCUCCAUAUUGACACCAAACUACCCUCCAUAUUGACACCAAACUACCCUCCAUAUUGACACCAAACUACCCUCCAUAUUGACACCAAACUACCCUCCAUAUUGACACUAAACUACCCUCCAUGUUGACACUAAACUACCCUCCAUAUUGACACCAAACUACCCUCCACAUUGACACCAAACUACCCUCCACAUUGACACUAAACUACCCUCCAUAUUGACACCAGACUACCCUCCAUAUUGACACCACACUGUCCUACAUAUUGACACCAAACUACCCUCCACAUUGACACCACACUACCCUCCAUAUUGACACCAAACUACCCUCCACAUUGACACCAAACUGUCCUCCAUAUUGACACUAAACUACCCUCCAUGUUGACACCAAACUACCCUCCAUAUUGACACUAAACUACCCUCCACAUUGACACCAAACUGUCCUCCAUAUUGACACUAAACUACCCUCCAUGUUGACACUAAACUACCCUCCACAUUGACACCAAACUGUCCUCCAUAUUGACACUAAACUACCCUCCAUGUUGACACCAAACUACCCUCCACAUUGACACCAAACUGUCCUCCAUAUUGACACUAAACUACCCUCCAUGUUGACACCAAACUACCCUCCAUAUUGACACUAAACUACCCUCCACAUUGACACUAAACUACCCUCCAUAUUGACACCACACUGUCCUCCAUAUUGACACCAGACUACCCUCCAUGUUGACACCAAACUGUCCUCCAUAUUGACACUAAACUACCCUCCAUGUUGACACCAAACUACCCUCCAUAUUGACACUAAACUACCCUCCAUAUUGACACCAAACUACCCUCCAUAUUGACACCAAACUACCCUCCAUAUUGACACCACACUGUCCUCCACAUUGACACUAAACUACCCUCCACAUUGACACUAAACUACCCUCCACAUUGACACUAAACUACCCUCCACAUUGACAACAAACUGUCCUCCAUAUUGACACCAAACUACCCUCCACAUUGACACUAAACUACCCUCCACAUUGACACCAAACUGUCCUCCAUAUUGACACUAAACUACCCUCCAUAUUGACACCAAACUGUCCUCCAUAUUGACACUAAACUACCCUCCAUAUUGACACUAAACUACCCUCCAUAUUGACACUAAACUACCCUCCACAUUGACACCAGACUACCCUCCAUAUUGACACCAAACUACCCUCCACAUUGACACCACACUGUCCUCCACAUUGACACCACACUCCUCCAUAUUGACACCAAACUACCCUCCAUAUUGACACCAAACUACCCUCCAUAUUGACACUAAACUACCCUCCACAUUGACACCAAACUACCCUCCAUAUUGACACUAAACUACCCUCCAUAUUGACACUAAACUACCCUCCAUAUUGACACUAAACUACCCUCCAUAUUGACACCACACUGUCCUCCAUAUUGACACUAAACUACCCUCCAUAUUGACACCAAACUACCCUCCAUAUUGACACUAAACUACCCUCCAUAUUGACACUAAACUACCCUCCAUAUUGACACUAAACUACCCUCCAUAUUGACACUAAACUACCCUCCAUAUUGACACCACACUGUCCUCCAUAUUGACACUAAACUACCCUCCAUAUUGACACCACACUGUCCUCCAUAUUGACACCAAACUACCCUCCACAUUGACACCACACUCCUCCAUAUUGACACCAAACUACCCUCCAUAUUGACACUAAACUACCCUCCACAUUGACACCAAACUACCCUCCAUAUUGACACUAAACUACCCUCCAUAUUGACACUAAACUACCCUCCAUAUUGACACUAAACUACCCUCCAUAUUGACACCACACUGUCCUCCAUAUUGACACUAAACUACCCUCCAUAUUGACACCAAACUACCCUCCAUAUUGACACUAAACUACCCUCCAUAUUGACACUAAACUACCCUCCAUAUUGACACUAAACUACCCUCCAUAUUGACACUAAACUACCCUCCAUAUUGACACCACACUGUCCUCCAUAUUGACACUAAACUACCCUCCAUAUUGACACCACACUGUCCUCCAUAUUGACACUAAACUACCCUCCAUAUUGACACCAAACUACCCUCCAUAUUGACACUAAACUACCCUCCAUAUUGACACCAAACUGUCCUCCAUAUUGACACUAAACUACCCUCCAUAUUGACACUAAACUACCCUCCAUAUUGACACCAAACUACCCUCCAUAUUGACACCACACUGUCCUCCAUAUUGACACUAAACUACCCUCCAUAUUGACACCAAACUACCCUCCAUAUUGACACCAAACUACCCUCCAUAUUGACACUAAACUACCCUCCAUAUUGACACCAAACUACCCUCCAUAUUGACACUAAACUACCCUCCAUAUUGACACUAAACUACCCUCCAUAUUGACACCACACUGUCCUCCAUAUUGACACUAAACUACCCUCCAUAUUGACACCACACUGUCCUCCAUAUUGACACCAAACUACCCUCCAUAUUGACACCAAACUACCCUCCAUAUUGACACUAAACUACCCUCCACAUUGACACCAAACUACCCUCCAUAUUGACACCAAACUACCCUCCACAUUGACACUAAACUACCCUCCAUAUUGACACUAAACUACCCUCCAUAUUGACACCACACUGUCCUCCAUAUUGACACUAAACUACCCUCCAUAUUGACACUAAACUACCCUCCAUAUUGACACUAAACUACCCUCCACAUUGACACCAGACUACCCUCCAUAUUGACACCAAACUACCCUCCACAUUGACACCACACUGUCCUCCAUAUUGACACCAAACUACCCUCCACAUUGACACCACACUCCUCCAUAUUGACACCAAACUACCCUCCAUAUUGACACUAAACUACCCUCCACAUUGACACCAAACUACCCUCCAUAUUGACACCAAACUACCCUCCACAUUGACACUAAACUACCCUCCAUAUUGACACUAAACUACCCUCCAUAUUGACACCACACUGUCCUCCAUAUUGACACUAAACUACCCUCCAUAUUGACACUAAACUACCCUCCAUAUUGACACUAAACUACCCUCCACAUUGACACCAGACUACCCUCCAUAUUGACACCAAACUACCCUCCACAUUGACACCACACUGUCCUCCAUAUUGACACCAAACUACCCUCCACAUUGACACCACACUCCUCCAUAUUGACACCAAACUACCCUCCAUAUUGACACUAAACUACCCUCCACAUUGACACCAAACUACCCUCCAUAUUGACACUAAACUACCCUCCAUAUUGACACUAAACUACCCUCCAUAUUGACACUAAACUACCCUCCAUAUUGACACCACACUGUCCUCCAUAUUGACACUAAACUACCCUCCAUAUUGACACCAAACUACCCUCCAUAUUGACACUAAACUACCCUCCAUAUUGACACUAAACUACCCUCCAUAUUGACACUAAACUACCCUCCAUAUUGACACUAAACUACCCUCCAUAUUGACACCACACUGUCCUCCAUAUUGACACUAAACUACCCUCCAUAUUGACACCACACUGUCCUCCAUAUUGACACUAAACUACCCUCCAUAUUGACACCAAACUACCCUCCAUAUUGACACUAAACUACCCUCCAUAUUGACACCAAACUGUCCUCCAUAUUGACACUAAACUACCCUCCAUAUUGACACUAAACUACCCUCCAUAUUGACACCAAACUACCCUCCAUAUUGACACCACACUGUCCUCCAUAUUGACACUAAACUACCCUCCAUAUUGACACCAAACUACCCUCCAUAUUGACACCAAACUACCCUCCAUAUUGACACCAAACUACCCUCCAUAUUGACACUAAACUACCCUCCAUAUUGACACCAAACUACCCUCCAUAUUGACACUAAACUACCCUCCAUAUUGACACUAAACUACCCUCCAUAUUGACACCACACUGUCCUCCAUAUUGACACUAAACUACCCUCCAUAUUGACACCACACUGUCCUCCAUAUUGACACCAAACUACCCUCCAUAUUGACACCAAACUACCCUCCAUAUUGACACUAAACUACCCUCCAUAUUGACACCAAACUACCCUCCAUAUUGACACCAAACUACCCUCCAUAUUGACACCAAACUACCCUCCAUAUUGACACCAAACUACCCUCCAUAUUGACACUAAACUACCCUCCAUAUUGACACCAAACUACCCUCCAUAUUGACACUAAACUACCCUCCAUAUUGACACUAAACUACCCUCCAUAUUGACACCACACUGUCCUCCAUAUUGACACUAAACUACCCUCCAUAUUGACACCAAACUACCCUCCACAUUGACACUAAACUACCCUCCAUAUUGACACUAAACUACCCUCCAUAUUGACACUAAACUACCCUCCAUAUUACAUCUCAGUACUUUACUUUGAUGCCAAAAUGGCAGCCGUUGAAGUUCUACAUCCGAAACAGUUUGCUGAAUCCUGUUGAAUCUAUCCCCGUAUCAGAAUAUCACCAGCAAGCCAGCCUUACAGCACAGUGCUUUUCAACCAUAGAAAUAUAAUUCCUAGAAUGGUAAUUCCACAUUCAAGUCUAUGGGUCUGUGACUGGUGGUGCGGUGCCCAUUUUGAGUGUACCCAAGGGGGUGUAGUUCAAUUGCCAUUGUCUAUUGGACUGUUAACCAUUCCAGUGAUUGUAUUUCUUUGUUUUUAACCUGGUACUUACCUGGUCAUGUAUUUCAUAAGGUAACCUAGUGGUCACUUUAAUAACAGCUUUCUAUGGGGGUGAAUCCUAACUUUCACUUCAGUCUAAUUUUUCAUUUAGUCUGUGAAAAUGUGACUUGAGUGGAGGUUGGUUUAGGAUUUUCUUUCUGUGUUUAACUGCUUUGUGUCAUUUACAUACUGUAUAACUGGAUGUUCCAUACAGGCGUUUUAAUCAAAAUAAAACAUGUUUUAAUACUA